AUGAAGAUCUCAACCCUCCGAAUAUGGCUGCUUUCGACCUUAUCCAUGUGCACAAUCGCCUUAAUCCUAUGUUUGAUCGCGUUGCCUUCAAUGUAUUUGGAGAUGAGGCAAAUUUAUGGUGACGUCAUGAUGUCUGUCGAAGAUUUCAAGGUGAUUUUUUUGAUACCUUUGGAUAAUUUUUGCUUUCGAAAAAAGUUUUUUGAUGCCUACAACAAUAUAAUAAUGCCUCAAAAAAAAAUUUCAGAUGAAUACGGACAAAGCGUGGGUGGAUUUGAUGUUGGUUCAACAGGAAUUCACCCUAAAACACGACGGAAUUUUGAUCAAUCCCUUUGUUCGAAUCUCAAGAUCCAAAAGAGCGCCUAAGGCGCAUGCCGCCAAAACAUUGGGAGAGCAUUGUAAUUGUGGAGUCAUCCCGACUUGUCCACCCGGCCCUCCUGGCCCGCCGGGAUUACCGGGAGAGGACGGAUUCCCGGGGAUUUCUGGUAAGUCUUCAUAGGUUUGAUAUGGCUGGAAGAUUGAAAAUUUUUAAAACACGCUCAUGAAACCAACAUAUCGAAUUCUCAGGUCAAAUAUAUCGCUUCAAAAUUUAAAUUCAGCGAUGUGAUUGGCGCUGCGACAGGGCACUCACUAUUUUCCCGACAGACCUUUUCUCAAGUAAUCAAAAAACAAAAAAAAAUCGCAAAACUUCAACGUACAGAAGACCGUAUCCAGUGGCAAAAAACGUACCAUUUCGCAUCAGGGAAGUAUUGAAAAUGCAGCAAAAUACCUCCAUUUCCAAGUGAAAAAACCCGUUUUGAAGGGCUCCCUCAGAAAAACUGACGGUGCGCUUUCGAAAUCGGAGUCUUUCACUUGGAAAUGGAGGCAUUUUGCCACAUUUUUGACGCUUCCGGGAUACAAAAUGGUAUGUUUUUUUGCCACUGGAUCAGGUCCGCCACUGUAUGCAGGACAUGGAGGCAAUGUUUUGCGUCUAUCUCUUCGUUUCAGGCCCUCCCGGACACGACGCUCCCGACACGUACAACCGGAACUGCGGCCUCUCCACUGGCAUCUGCAUCAAAUGCCCAGCCGGCCCUCCGGGCCCCAAGGGUCCGGACGGAGAGCCCGGCUUCCCCGGACCGACCGGUCCACCCGGCACAGCCGGCGACAAACUGUCCAGUUCGGUGGGCCCGCCCGGUCCGGUCGGACCGCAAGGCGAUCCAGGACCGCCCGGCGAGAACGGCCCUCCCGGCCCGCCCGGAAAGAAAGGCAAAUCAAUGGUGGUGCAAGCGGGCGUUCCCGGCGCCAAAGGCCCUCCCGGAAUGCGCGGACAGCCCGGAGUUCCCGGCGAACCGGGUGCCCCCGGAAAACCCGGCGCAGUCGGCCCCGAAGGCCCUGAAGGCCCGGCGGGCGGACCGGGACUGGACGGCGAGGACGGCGGAGUAGGCCCUCAAGGCGAGCCGGGAUCGCCUGGAGAGGAUGCGGCCUACUGCCCAUGCCCGAAAAGAGUGAACAUCUACACGUUGAGGGACAAUGCCAUCAACAUGGAGGACAAGGAUGUCAUCAAAAGCUAUGGCCAUGCGGUUUUUAAAAAGUAA